AAACAGAGCUUACACAAAAUACUUUACCUUCCCAGGUUUUUCAGUUCUUGAAUGCUAAAUGUGAGUCUGCAUUCCUUUCCAAGAGAAACCCCCGUCAAAUCAACUGGACUGUUCUGUAUAGGCGUAAACACAAGAAAGGACAGUCAGAAGAGAUACAAAAGAAGCGCACACGUCGUGCUGUUAAGUUUCAGAGAGCUAUCACUGGUGCAUCUUUAGCUGAGAUUAUGGCUAAACGAAAUCAGAAGCCCGAAGUACGAAAGGCGCAGAGGGAACAAGCUAUUAGGGCUGCAAAGGAAGCCAAGAAGGCUAAGCAGGCAACCAAGAAAACGGCUGUUUCUGCUGCAAAGGCUCCUACAAAGGCAGCGCCUAAGCAGAAGAUUGUGAAACCAGUCAAGGUUUCUGCUCCCCGUGUUGGUGGAAAGCGCUAACUUGCCAAACCGUUAGCGAUGCUGAAUAAACAUCUGACUAACUUUCA